GCCAACUACUGGUAUUUCUUGGGAACGGAAUACGUGUUCUCCACUAAAGAGCCUGUUCGCAGCUUAGUUCAGCAGUAGUACACCCAUCCACGGCACCAACUUAUAUUCAGGCGAUUUGAACGCGAGUCGCCGUUCCGUCUCCUCCCUGCGCUUGAGCCACCGCGCGUCGUGGUCGACCGCCAACCAUGUCGAAGCCGUCCGCGUCAGCGCCAGUGGACGACACGCACCGGCGGAAGUGGGACAAGGAGGAGUACAUCCAACGCGCGCGGGAGCGAGACGAGGAAGAUGAGGAGGAUGAGGAGGGAGGCCAUCGACGUCGUCCGGCCCCGCCAGCGCUGCCGCGGGCGCCCCUGAAGCAGAGGGACUUUGAGGUGGAUCUAUCGUCCAACCUCGGCCGCACGCAGGUCGUGCUGCCAACAGCCGCUCUCAACCAGCAGGCAGGUUACUUCUGUGACGUGUGUCAAUGCGUGGUGAAGGAUUCAGCCAACUAUCUGGACCACAUCAACGGCAAGAAACACCAGCGUGCACUGGGCAUGUCAAUGAGGGUGGAGCGGUCGUCCCUGGAGCAGGUGCAGGGCAGAUUCGCUGUGCUCAAGAAGCGCAAGGAAGAGCAACGCCAGUUCACAGAGCAGGACUUUGAGCUACGGCUGCUGAAGCAGCAGGAGGAGGAGAUGGAGAGAAAGAAGGCGCGGAAGGAGAAGAAGAAAGAGAAGAAGAAGGAGCAGCAACCACAGAGUGCGGAUGACGACAUCGACCCUGAGAUGGCUGCACUCAUGGGGUUCGGGGGCUUCGGCACAUCCAAGAAAUGACCUCUUUCUCAUAAUAACGCAAUGAAUAGAAUGAGGCAUACAAGGAGGUUUUGUGCUAUGGUGCUGUUGUCAAAUGUAACUUAGGUCGUUACUGUAGACUAUACUGGAUUGUGCCUUAGAAGGUACAACACAGGGCUGACGUUUCAAAAAAACCCACUCUGAUUUUAGCCCCAAAAAAUUUUCCCAAGUCUGAGUAGUCAGGUUUCAGUUUUCCUGGUAGUCUGAUUUCUCAGGAUCCAGUAACUUUCAAGCCUGAUUUCUUCAGGGUUCGCAAGUAUGAAUCAGA